AUGGCUCUCAACGUGUUGGAAAACGACGGCGCACAAGAGAUUUCGCACGUUGAAGACGAUAAAAAUGGUGAGUCGAGAUUAGUUGAUAUCGACGAUCGUGAAGAAUACUUUGUGAAGCCCCUUUAUACGUACUACUGCAACUGUGGACAAAUGGCUAUGAUUAGCGAUUGCCUUCUAAUGCGUAUGCCGCUACGUAAAAGAGACGGUGCUCGUGUUAUCGAUCCAGAAAGAACAACAGCAAAGACUUUUUCCACCACCGGAGAUACUAUUUAUGUACAAAGGCCUGAAGGUUUGGAGCAGCAGUAUAGAAAGAACUGUAAAGGAUGUGGUGUUCCUUUAUUCUAUCAGCAUCCAUUUAAUUUGAAACUCGUCUUCAUUUUCCGUGAGGCUUUGUUAUCUGCACAGGAAGUCGGAGGUUUCAGUGGAAAUAAUGAGGAACAACGGGCAAAAAAGAUUAUCAUGAAAAGAAAUGUAAAAAAUCAAGGAAAAAUGGGUUCGGUCACUGUUUCUACCAUGGAGGGCGAAGAAGAGGAAGAGAUUGAAGCGCGUGAGACAGCUGAGUCCUACUCUAUGAAUGCAAAAAUUGUCCGAGACGCUUUGAAACGGAAAGGAAUGAUAAAGGAUAAGUUGCUGGGGCGAGAAAUUGCGGAAGGGCCAGCUUCAAAAAAACGAGGCACAUUGUUGUGA